UAACGUUGUUCUGAUUAGUUGGUGAUAUGGCAGGUUUGAAAGAUAAAGAUGCCUAUUUACGACUUAACUUUCUCUAUCAGGCAGCACAUUGUGUUUUGGCUCAAAAUCCCGACAACAUUGAGCUGGCACGUUUCUACUGUUUCACCCAGAAGACCAUCGCUAGACGCUUAGUCCUCAGACAGGAUCCAUCAGUGAAAAGGACACUAUGUAAGAAGUGUUGCUCACUCCUCAUUCCAGGUGUAACAGCAACGAUAAGACAGAAAAAAAAAAAGUGCAAGGCCCGCUUUACUGUGACAACAUGCCUCAGUUGUGGAGAGAAAAAGGCAUUUCUCAAUAAUCCAGAUUAUGUUUUGUGGUCUGAUCGUCCAGAAGCCCAGCUGCAGGAACACAAGGAAUCAACGUCUGGUUUCUCAUCUAAAAAUCAACAGAAAAUAAAAAAUCCAGUUCCAGUUGGACUCACCUCUAAACGGGAGGAGCAGGUGAAAUCCAGCCAUUCAACUGAACCAGGAUCGUCAACUGGAAGUUAAAAAGUACAAAUGCGUUCUUUAACUCUUCUGUUUGAACUUUUAGUCUCUGUGAGACUGAUGAAAUGGUUAUAGGUUAAUAAUACUACAUCACACAUAUGAGUACAAAAAAUGUUUUUAUUUUUAUCAAUGACAUUUUGUGAUAUACAGCAGCACCACAGGUAUCAUCUUUUUACAAAGUAAUUUUGUUUAAACACCAUCUAAUGGCCUUU